AGCGCGUGCUCGCAGUGACGUCAUGUGUUCUGAGGACGGUCGGCUGCUGAUUAAUCAGCGGCCGAAAAUAGAAUUGGUGCGCGUGUCAAGCUCUGAGAGGGCCAAGAUCCCAGUCAACCCCGUGCAGCUGAGCCUCUCUUACUGCCACGUCAGAUCCUCCGGUUUCCACCAAAUCUUGUGACGAUCUACACCGCGUCAGUGUGAACUGCCAGCCCGUCGCGAGCAGGUCUGAGGGCUGUUUGCUGACGACGCUUUUGCUAACUCCUUCUCUUUUCCUGACACCACGUACAACGAACUCCCCUCACAGCGGGGCCACGACCAAGUACCGGGUGUGGAGGGGAUUCAGUCGCAGCGCGCGAGACGUUAGCGCAGUUGCGCAGCCCUCUGGCCCUCGGCCUGCCGUGAGUGUCGCCGUGAUGGAGAAGCUCACGCCUCGAGCAGCCCGGCCGGUGAGCCAGAAGGCGAGCACCCUCCCGUACUCAGCUGCCUCCGGUCCGCAGCCCGUCGGGGGGCGCCGAAACCGAGGUUUCGGAGCUUUUUUGAGGAGAAUUAGUCCGCGACUGAAGCGGACGCCGUCGCCGGAUCAGCCAUGGACCAAGGUGGAGCCGCACCACGCGGACCGCACCUCCGUCGCCUCCGACCACAGCUACGAGACGGCGAUGCAAAUCCGGCGCCGCCAGGAUCUCAUCCACAACGAUGGCUCCCAAGGGGGCCUCAGCAGCAAGCACACGACGCCCCUGGAGCCCGGCAACAAGAGUGAAAUCGGGCGAACGGGCAAGGGAGGGCUGAGUGGUUUCCUCACGUCUCUUAUCCCCGGGAGGACGUCCAAGGAAAAGAAAGCAAACAGUAAUCAAAGUCAUGAGAAAGCGGCAGAGCGCAAUGCUGAUAUCGGCAACAUUACUGAGAAUGAAAUCCAGGAACAGCACGAGCAGAAGCUUAUUGCGAACGAGCAGCGGCACAACGGCUCGGCUAACGCUCAGCAUAAGCUCGUUACUAAGAUGGCGCCGCACAACCUCCCAGCUACAAUCAUUCCCGCCCCUCACAUGCACUCCAUUCAG